AUGGCCUUCAAAGUAGGGACGUUGGCCAUUGUCGGAAAAUCUGGCUCCCCACCGCUUGAGAUCCAAACGUAUGAGGCAAAAACUGCAUUUCAUGAGUCUCCGAAGUAUGGGCAUCGAUUGGAGAACGUGCAAAACUUUCUUCAAGAAUCUAGGUUAGCUUUCGAACGGUUUAAUGUCUCCCCCGAUUUGUAUGUCGACUCAUCAUGAACUAGAAAUAUCAAUGUUUGGAGCGAAUUAGCAACAAAUAAGUCCCACUGAUUCCUUUGAAAACCGAAAUCUGAAAAUUGGUUUUUACUUUUUGUUUUUUAAAGCCUAAAACUUUCAACAAAAGUUCCAAAAAAUCUGUGAUUUAUCAGG